AUGGCUAGAGGACCAAAGAAGCAUCUUAAGAGAUUAGCAGCUCCACAUCACUGGUUAUUAGACAAAUUAUCCGGUUGUUACGCUCCAAGACCAUCUGCUGGUCCACACAAAUUGCGUGAAUCUUUACCAUUAAUUGUUUUCUUAAGAAACAGAUUAAAGUAUGCCUUAAACGGUCGUGAAGUUAAAGCUAUUUUAAUGCAACGUCACGUUAAGGUCGAUGGUAAGGUCAGAACUGACACCACUUUCCCAGCCGGUUUUAUGGAUGUCAUCACUUUAGAAGCCACUAACGAAAACUUCAGAUUAGUUUACGACGUUAAGGGUAGAUUCGCUGUCCACAGAAUCACUGACGAAGAAGCUACUUACAAGUUAGGUAAGGUCAAGAGAGUCCAAUUGGGUAAGAAGGGUAUUCCAUACGUUGUUACUCAUGACGGUAGAACCAUCAGAUACCCGGAUCCAAACAUCAAGGUUAACGACACUGUUAAAAUUGACUUAGCUACUGGUAAGAUCACUGAUUUCAUCAAGUUCGACACCGGUAAAUUAGUUUACGUUACUGGUGGUCGUAACUUGGGUCGUGUUGGUACAAUUGUCCACAAGGAAAGACACGAUGGUGGUUUCGAUUUGGUCCACAUCAAGGACUCCUUAGACAACACCUUCGUUACCAGAUUGAACAACGUUUUCAUCAUUGGUGAACAAGGUAAGCCAUACAUCUCUUUACCAAAGGGUAAGGGUAUCAAGUUGACCAUUGCUGAAGAACGUGACAGAAGAAGAGCUCAACAAGGUUUGUAA